GCCGCCAUGACCUCAGACGCCACCACCUUCUUAUUGCUCGAAACUAGCAUAUCACACUUGCGUACCCUGGUUUGCUUGCUUGUUUGUUUUUCUACUUUCCAUCUACAUUAACAAGCUUGCUUUCCAUGGCGUAUUUUUCUCCAAAUCAUAUAUUUUUCAAUACCCAUAAUACCAUGCCCACAAACGCUGUCGCUUUGUUAAUCUUAUCUUUCUUUAUCCAACUCCUCGCUCUACCACAAACCUUGGCCGAAACAAAUACAUUUUCUGAAGGCACAAAAUAUUUGUAUCCAGAAAUCCUGAAAGAUGAGGCGGUGACCAGACUUAUUGAUCUUGGCAAGGUAAGUGAUGCACAUGGAUUUCUCGAGAGAACUUUCCAAAGCCCAGCUUCUGUCAGAGCAGGAAACCUUAUUCAGGAGUGGAUGGAGGAUGCUGGUUUGAGGACGUGGUUGGACCAAAUGGGCAACGUGCAUGGUAGAAUUGAAGGGAUGAAUCCAAGUGAGAAGGCUUUGUUAAUUGGCUCUCAUUUGGACACUGUUAUUGAUGCUGGAAUGUAUGAUGGUGCACUGGGAAUCAUUACUGCAAUAUCUGCAUUGAAGGUGUUGAAUAUCACUGGAAGAAUUGGAAGACUCAGGAGGCCAGUUGAGGUAACUAUACAUACUAACUGUAUCAAAUGCAUCGCCUCUAUAAAUGUUGGUCAAGUGGCAUUUUCAGAUGAUUGUAUUGAUCUUUUGUGUACUGAUGGGGAUAUGUAUGACAAUAAAGCUCAAAAUAUUGAACUUCUACAUCCUGGAAGCAUAUAUAGUGCUUGAUCAGGAAAGCUUAAAAGGUUGUUGAAAUGUUGACGUCAAAGUCAACAUUUAAUUUUAAUCACGUAUU